UCCCCAAUAUCGAUAUUGCUGUAGUAAUCCUCCCGAUCCAACUUCAGUUUCAUUUUUUUCAACGGCUUGGCCGCUUGCGAAGCUUCUCUGUAAAUUAAAGAGAAAGCAGACGGAAAGAAGCCACUUUCAGUUUCAGAGAUAAAGAACCUGUGGCAUCUAAACAACGCGUAAUGCAAAGUCAAAACCAUCUGUCUUAAAAAAUUGUUUUUUGAUUCAGAGAAGACGGCCAAGAGCCGAUUAGAUAUAUCUCGUCAUAGGCUUUUAUAUUUGUCAGCUUUCUCUUCUAAUCUUAACAUCAAAGACUGCCCUGAGCCUGAGGUGACUGAAAAGCACAUGGAGAUCGAUAAGGCAAUCAGGGAGAGUGAUGACCGGCGGCUCAAGACCAAGUACGAAAACGCCAUAUAUGUUAUUCAGAGAGCUCUGGCUCUGUACUCUAUUGAAGAGGUUGCCUUCAGCUUUAACGGAGGAAAGGACUCAACUGUUUUGUUGCACCUACUUAGGGCUGGUUAUUUUUUGUAUAAAGGGGAGCAAAGCUGUUCUGAAGAGGGCCUAAAUGAAUUUCCAAUUCGCACAAUAUAUUUUGAGAGCCCUUCUGCUUUCCCUGAAAUCAACUCGUUUACCUAUGAUACAGCCUCUACCUAUGGUUUGCAAAUGGAUAUCAUUCGUCUUGAUUUCAAGUCUGGUUUGGAAGCUUUAUUAAAGUCUAAACCAAUUAGAGCUAUUUUCCUUGGUGUUCGCAUUGGUGAUCCUACUGCGGUCGGCCAAGAACAGUUUUCUCCCAGUUCACCAGGAUGGCCACCUUUCAUGAGAGUGAAUCCUAUCUUGGAUUGGUCAUACAGAGAUGUGUGGGCCUUUCUUUUGAAGUGCAAAGUCCAGUACUGCAGUCUUUAUGAUCAUGGUUAUACUUCAAUUGGGAGCAUAUAUGACACAACUCCAAAUGCAUUAUUGUCCAAUGAUAAUUCCUCCAGUGGCAGAGAAACAUUUAGACCUGCAUAUCUGCUUUCUGAUGGAAGAUUAGAGAGAGCAGGAAGAGCUAAAAGAAUUUCUCCAGUUCGUGGGAGUUCUGCUGUUAGCAAUGGCCCAGACAAUGUUGGUUCGCAUAAAAACAGCAUGCUUACAGCAUCAGCCAUUGCUGUUGGGGAUGAGAUUCUGUUCGGCACCUUUGGAGAUCAGUUAGGACCUACACUGUGUAGAAAGCUCCAUUCUAUUGGCUGGUCUGUAUUACAAACUACUGUCGUUCGGAAUGAAGUAGAUUCAGUGGCUGAAGAAGUUGAGCGACAGAAGUCUGUGAAUGAUAUGGUUUUUAUAUAUGGUGGGGUAGGACCAUUGCAUUCAGAUGUGACCUUAUCAGGUGUUGCAAAGGCUUUUGGUGUUCGUCUGGCUCCGGAUGAGGAAUUUGAAGAAUAUCUUCGGCAUCUUAUAGGCGAUCAAUGCACUGGAGACCGAAAUGAGAUGGCUCAGUUGCCUGAAGGUAUUACUGAAUUGUUGCAUCAUGAAAAGCUGCCUGUGCCUUUGAUAAAGUGUCAAAAUGUGAUUGUUCUUACUGCAACAAAUGUUACGGAGUUGGAUGAGCAGUGGGAGUGUUUGAAUCAAUUAUCAGGAUCUAGCAGUCUUUUAUCGAUGCUGGAGCCAUAUGUAUCAAAGUACUUGACAACACAGCUUUCAGAUGUAGAAACUGCUCAUCCUCUGGCAAAACUUUGUCUUGAAUUCCCUGACCUGUACAUUGGGUGUUACCGCAAAUCCAGAUACGGGUCUCUGAUGAUUAGUUUCAAGGGCAAGGACCAAGUACGCAUUCAAUCGGCUAUGGAAGCAUUAUUCAGGAAGUUCCAUCCUGGGGCUUUCUCUGAAGCUAAGUAAUAAGAUCAUGGCACUUGGCUAGGAAUAAGAAUUGGAAAGCAAGGAAAGGAGUCAAGCAGUAAAAUCACAACAUAUAUACUAUAGAUCUAGAAAACAAAGAACUUUGUUGUAAGAACUGAUCUUAGAUCUCCGGUCUCUUUUAAUGGUUCAAGGGUACUCCUUUAAUUAUUUGCCUUUUAUUUCUUGAUGGGUAGGAGCAUUUACAGGACACGUCUGAGUACUUUCUUUGCAACAUCAUAAUCAUCAUGUUGUUGCAGAUGCAUCAAUUACAAACAAGAAUCGAUCCUGAUGAUUCGGAAUCACGGGAUGAAUAGAUAUCACAGAUGAUGAAUUGAUUUCUUACCUAUAUCACUCUGUUUGUUUUACUAUGGUUUAUAAUGAAUAAUAAUUGCUGAAUCAAAAACUUUCAUUUGAA